AAAGCCACCUCAAAAUGUCUACAUGCUGAUUCAAUGAUGGAGUCGUUUUCUCGUUGCAGAGGUGUUUUGAGACUUGACAGCAGGGUUGGGUAAAUUAAAAAUUACUAAAUUAUAUUUAAUAUGCUUUUUCGUGACAUUAUAGAUUAAUUACCUCGAAAGGGGAUUCAACAAAGCUGCGACAUAUCUGUCAAACUUCACAGAGAGUACAACAUGUCUGCUUUAUCUCUGUCCUUGUGGACUAAAUUCCACCUGAGAUCACGGAGUAUAAGGACACUUCUUCUAAAGAACGUCUCUUUUUGUCCAAACCAUGACUCAUCAAGACUCCACAGCUCUGCACAGCACAGGAGGAGGGUUGUUAUUACUGGGAUAGGGUUGGUUUGUCCUCUGGGAACAGGAGCUGCACUGCCCUGGGACCGCCUGCUCAAAGGUCAGAGUGGGGUCGUUGCUCUAGACUCAGAGGACUAUAAGACUGUCCCCUGCAAGGUUGCUGCACUGGUACCAAGGGGAGAUGAACCGGGUCAGUUUAAAGAGGACAGGUUUGCCUCUCGUGGGGAGAUCAACAGCAUGUCACCUGCCUCUGUGAUGGCCCUGGGAGCUGCUCAGCUGGCUCUGGAGGACUCAGGGUGGUACCCGGAAACCCCAGAGGAGCAGCUCACUACUGGGGUGGCUGUUGGCAUGGGGAUGGUGUCGCUGGAGGAGAUUGCUCGCACCUCUGCUGCGUUUAAAGAAAAGGGCUACAACAGAGUCAGUCCUUUCUUUGUGCCUCGCAUCCUGGUCAACAUGGCUGCUGGUCACAUCAGCAUCAAACACAAACUGAAGGGUCCUAACCACGCAGUGUCCACAGCGUGCACCACAGGAGCACACGCGGUAGGUGAUGCAGCCAGGUUCAUAGCCCACGGGGAUGCUGUUGCUAUGGUUGCAGGUGGGACAGAGUCAUGUGUGGGACCUCUGUCCAUAGCUGGGUUCGCCAGAGCAAGAGCCCUUGCCACCAAGUGGAACAACAAUCCCACACAGGCGUCCAGACCCUUUCACCCGGAGAGAGAGGGCUUCGUGAUGGGAGAGGGAGCGGCAGUGCUCCUCCUGGAGGAGAUGGAGCACGCAGUGAGACGAGGAGCCAGGAUUUACGCUGAGGUCCUGGGGUAUGGACUCUCUGGGGACGCCAGCCACAUCACGGCGCCCACUGAGGAUGGAGAUGGAGCGUUCAGAUGCAUGUCUGCAGCACUCAGAGACGCCGGCGUCUCCCCUGCAGAUGUCACGUACGUAAACGCUCAUGCCACCUCCACACCUCUGGGUGACGCAGCCGAAAAUGCCGCCAUCAAGAGGCUCUUCCAUGAGAACCUUGAGAACCUGGCCGUCUCCUCCACAAAGGGGGCCACAGGACAUCUGCUGGGGGCCGCAGGGGCGCUGGAGGCAGCGUUCACUGCUUUGGCCUGCUACCACAAAAUCCUGCCCCCGACCUUGAACUUGGACCGCACAGAGCCAGGGUUUGACCUGAACUAUGUCCCCUGCACAGCUCAGACUUGGCAGACUGACAGCCGACGGGUCGCCAUCACAAACUCGUUCGGCUUUGGAGGAACAAACGCCUCACUGUGCCUGGCCAGCAUCUGAAGAUCAGCCUGACACCUCUGAUGGGACAGAGUUCACUGAAUGUUUUUCAGUUGAAUUGUCAGCUCUUAACUUCUUUCAGAAACUCCUCAAGAACUGGACUCCAGAAUUUAAAAUGCAAAUAUUAAAUAAAUACCAGAGGGAUCCAGCUUUGCUCUUCA